CUCUCUCUGUCUGUCUCUCUCUCUCUUUUAUCAACAUCGUCUCUUCUCUCAUGAAAAAAGUGACAUCUUGCUAAAUAUUUUUUUUAUCAAAAUCACAUUUCUUCUCCUGCGUCACAAAACAAAACUGCAGCAGCAUGAAGUUCUCCAAACGGCUGAAGACUCCAAACCAGCAGCAUGUCUGACGGAAAGAAAAUGACGUCCAGCCGCCGGCAUCACCUGAAGAGUGUGAUACUGCAGAUUGCCGCCACCUGGAUCGAGCAGGAGAAGAAGGACCUCGUGACGGCAAAGGAGACGUACAUGUCUGACACCUGCCCUGCCCCCGACAUGAGCGGAGACCAGGCCAUCCUCAUGGAACUCUGUAAGAAGCUCCAGCAGGCCAUCGACAAGAUUGACGAGGAGAGGUACGACACCGAGUCCAAAGUCGGCAAGAGCGAUACAGAGAUCGACGAUCUGAAGAUGAAGGUGGUGGAGUUGGCCGGAGUGAAGAAACCGGCCCUGAAGAAGGUCCGCAUGUCGGCCGACGCCAUGCUGCAGGCUCUGCUGGGAGGGAAACACAAGGUGACCAUGGACCUGAGGUCCAACCUGAAGCAGGUCAAGAAGGAGGUCAAGGAGGAGGUGAGGAAUCACAGAGGAGCGGGCGACUGGCGUAAGAACAUCGAGGAUAAGGCCGACAGGAAGAAGAUGUUCGAGACUUCCUAAAAACCCUCUUGAGGCGUCGACGUCUCCGUCAGCUAAGACACUUUUUGUUGUUGUUGUUGUUGUUGUUGUUGUUGUUGUUUUUGUGAUACCGAGAGACUGAGCUGAAAUAAAGUAACGUCAACAUGUACGCAGUUAAAAACACCUGCCAGAAGAAAUCACUUCAAAAUGUACAGGUUUACAUAGAGUCACUCGAAAUAAAUGUUUGGAAGUAAUGUAAGUAAUUCAUUUGUCUGUUACAUUUAUCCGCUGAGGAAUCGUUCUUUAUUUUGUUUUUUACACCUAACAGACACUUCGAUUCUGAAUUCUUUACACGUUGCAAUAUUUAGACUUUUAGCUUAAGUCUUUACUUGGAUAAAAUGUACUUUCUGUUCAAAAUAUGACUCAGGAGAGUCGUCAGUCUGUGACACGAGAGAAGUCGUUAGAUGAG